CACUUGUUCUUCCUGAAGCAUCCUCACUGUGUCUCCUUAAUAUUGGACAUUGUUGGAAUAUAUAUUUCAUAUCUUGCCUUUCCGUGGGAAUAAACUGAAACUUGCUGCUGCUGCUGCUUUAUUUCAACACCAGUGUCACGAGGAAACGCGGAACACAAUAAUAUAAAAAAAAAGGUAACCUUUCUGGCUGAGGGCUUGUGAGCCAGCAAAGACCUUUCAGGAACAAACAAGCUCUGGGGAGAGAGUUUCUCCCCCGGCUUCCUAUGGCCAUGCCUGCUUCAUCAGUCCAGGAAUGACCGUCACCCCUAAAAAAAACCAGACUGCUCAACCUGAUUCUUCCUUUAACAAAGGCACAAGUCCCAGAUCGGAUCCGGUGCAGAUGGAUGAGGUGGAAGGCCUGCGGUCGAAGCACUCCUCUGAAGACGCCGUGUCGCCGGCUCACUCGUUGGCUGAGCCCAUCAACCUCGAAAAUAGCCAUUAUACUUUGCUGCAAGGCGAGCUGGUGUCCGACUUCCAGAAUCUGGAGGCGGAGUCGUGGAGCGUGCGAGUGGACCAGAACUACCAGAAGGCCUUGAGCAAAGAGGCUGUGAAGAGACAGGAUGUCAUCUACGAGUUGAUCCAGACGGAGAUGCACCAUGUACGCACCUUAAAAAUCCUCCUCCGUGUCUACCUGCACGAGAUGAGGCAGUCUGCGCAGGUAGAAGAGGCCAGGCUGGAGCGGCUCUUCCCUGGAGUGGAAACCCUGCUCAGCCUCCACCAGCACUUCCUCAAUUGCCUCAAAAUGCUCCAACACCAAAGUCUGGAGGAAGGAAGCACAAACAACUACCAGAUCACACAACUGGGGGACAUUCUCAUCGCUCAGUUCUCAGGUUCACUGGGAGAAGGAAUGAUGAGGUGCUACAGUCUUUUCUGCGGUAACCACAUUGAAUCCAUUAGCUCCUACAAAGAGCUGCUGCAGAACAACAAGAAGCUGCAGGUCCACAUUAGGCAUAUAGGUCAGCUGCCUCUGGUGCGGAGGUUGGGAGUCCCCGAGUGUUUUCUGCUGGUGACUCAACGCAUCACAAAAUAUCCAGUGCUGGUGGAGAGAAUCAUACAGAACACAGAAGCUGACACAGAAGAGCACAAGUCUCUGGUUCAGGGUUUGGCGCUGAUCAAAGACACCAUUUGCCAGGUGAACGCUCAGGUCAGUCAAUUUGAGAAAGCCGCUCGACUGAGAGACAUCGGCCAGCGCCUGGAGCCAAAAUCUCAGGGCCGGCUGAAGAACGGAGUAGUUCUCCGCAGGGAGGAUCUGCUGCAGGAAAACAGGACACUGCUUCACGAAGGCACCGUCACCUGGAAGACCUCCGGGAGACAAAAAGAAAUCCAGGCUGUGCUGCUGUCAGACGUGCUCCUCUUCUUACAGGAGAAAGAUCAGAAGCUGGUUUUUGCUUCUAUGGAUAACAAACCAGCAGUGAUCUCCCUUGAAAGGCUGAUUGUAAGGGAAUUGGCUAAUGAGGACAAAGCCAUGUACCUUAUCUGUGCGUGCACAACGAGUGUGCCGGAGAUGUACGAGAUCCACACGCGCUCCCCAGAGGAAUGCUUGACGUGGAUGAAGCUGAUACGGGAAGCUGUGAACCGCUAUCCAGAAGAGCAGCAGUACCACGAAAUGACAGCCAGACUGCAGCAAUUCCAAGAUAUUCUAAGGACAAGGGAUGAGCAGAUAGUACAAAAUCUGACAGAGAAGCAGCAGAUCUUUGCUGCUCUCUACGAGACAGUGAUGGAGCAGGAGACCCCCCACAAAGGGCUGCUGCUCAGAGGAGACGCCACCAACCUCCAGCAGGGGGCCACGCUGCUCAGAGGAGCCAUCGAUGAGGUGGAAAUCCUGCAGAACCUGCUUUUCUCAAGGAUUAGAGACCCAAACCUACUUAUGGACGAGAGUAACACACAGGAGGGGCUGCCUGGGGGGGGCGAGACCUCAGCUGAUAAUAACGCUGCUGCAAGUGCCAUGAGAAAUGGAGAUGAAGCUGAGAGGCCAGAGGGCAGCGAAGGCAGCGAUGAAUCGAGUGAGCCAGAGCUCGAUGAAAGGGGCAGCUCUGAGAGCCUGGACCAGUGUGCCGAAGAUGACACACAAAAUCCAAACUGCAAAUUAACCUCCAGUAAUUUCCCUGAAGCAGAGGUGUGUGACAGGGUGAUACUGCUUGCCCAAAGGCUCUACAGCUUAGAAGCCAUCAUCGCCCAGCAGGACAGCCAGAUUGAGCUGCUGCACGCUUUCCACACAAAGAGCAAGCAGCCUGCCCGUCAGUACAGCAGCGUGCUGCUGGAGCAGGAGAAGCAGCGCAACCUGGAAAAGCAGAAGGAGCAACAAGCCAACCUGCAAAAGCAGCAGGUCCAGCAUCGGGAGGAGCAGCAGCGCUGGGAGAAGGAGAGGGAGCAGCAGAGGGUGCACUCCGAGACUCUGGAGGCUCAGCUGCAAAAGAGGGAGGAGGACUGCCUAAUGUUGGAGGAGAAGCUGAAUAAAGAGAGGGUUGCACUGGAUGAGCUGAAGGAAAACUAUCAGCAGGACCUGGAGAGGCUCAGAGAGUCCACGAGAUCAGUGGACAAGGACAAGGAGCGUCUGAAUCAUGAGAGGAGGCGUCUGGAGCAGAUGCAGGAGAAGUUGAAGAAAAUUAUCCCGGGAAACUCCAACUAUGAUGAUCCUUCACACUUCUGGAGUCUGCAGUCGUUCAGGGGAAGCGUAGCCAACGGAGGUGGGACAUUAAAUUCAAAGCAGCGUGUCCUACCCACCAACUCAAAUACCUUGGAAAUCCCCCCUAAGGUUCCCCCGCGCAGGGAGAGCAUCAGCCCCCAGCAGGCCAAGCCCGAGCUGCCCCUCCACCUGAUCAGCACCACCAACCAGGUGCACAAGCCUGCGGCCGUGCAGCAGCAGAUCCCCACCAAGCUGGCGGCUGUGUCCAAGGGGAAAGAGAAAAGCGCCAAGACCAAGCGGUCCCACCAGAGAGCGCACAGUGCAGCCUCUAUAGACGUGAACCAGGUGGUGCCCAUCCGAGUGACGGGGAGUGAAGAAGGCAGUCUGCGAGCCAAACGGAUCGGCAGUCCCCAAAUAAGAAACUACCCCUCAGGUGCCUUUGGCCCACCAGCAUCUGUUCGCAAUGUGAAAACGUCUCAGUCCUUCAGCCUGCAAAAGUGGAGCCACGAGGCUCUGCCCCCACCACCGCCUCCGUUUCCCAAAGAAAUUCUAGAAGCAGGCAAAGAGAAGGUAAUAUUCCUUUAAUCCUCACCUUCACGCUGGAGUUUGGACUGGGCCUUGUCCACCAUAAAAACUUAAAUGAAAGACUGAUGGAGCUGUUACAAGGACUUUUACACAUGGAAAGACUGAUGCUAUAGAAGACAUUGGACAUAACCUAAUGACGUCUCUAUGUCCAUCAUGAAGAGGACGUCACUGUUUUGGUGUUUCAUCACUGGAAACCAGCUGUUUGCUUUCAGAUUGGCUGGAAGGUGAAAAAAAAGUAAAUAAAUCCUGAUGGACUUUGUAAAAAUAUGGACAUUUGUUUUAAAAACUGUACAGAGAUCAGUCCAUUUGCACAUUGAGAAUAUAUGUAUAAUACCAUUUUAAAAGAAAACCUUUAAAUGCCAACGUUGUUUUUUUGUUUUAACCAUUAGCACUCGUGUCUUAACUCUUAAGCUCUACUUUUAUUUGACUUAAUGAUAAAGUUAGAUAUGAAACUUUUUAUUGCAGAGUGAAUCCGUUAACUGAGGAUUUGACCUGCAGUCUGGCUCUUUAGUAUGUCUUGUAAUCAGGAAACUAAAGCGGUAUGCGGAAGAACCUACAGUUUGGUGUGUGUAAACAUCAGCUGUUGAGUCCACUUCCUGUCUGGAGACGGUGACUCGGUAUCAUCAGGUUGUUUUCUUGGUUAUGACCUGUGGGAGGCAUUUAUACGAAUGCAAGAGGAUUAGUUAUAAUUGGCAAUCCCCGGUAAAUAAUGUUCUGCUGUAAUUUAACAUGCUGAUGAUGGACCUUUGUCUUUUUUUUUUUGGUUUACUUUUAAUGUUCUUCCAAUACCAACCAAUGGGUCUUGGAAUAAAAAGAUUGUUGACUUGA